CAGCCGCUCUCGCUUUUUCCUCCUCCACUGGAUCAGGUGUUGCAGUUUUACCUCCGUCCCGCUUCGGUCGACCCUCUCGCGUCCGACUCGUUCGCCGCCGGUGCUUCGUUUGGAGAUGUCCAAAAAAAGACCAGCCGAGCCGGAGUCCCGGGUGAAACAGCAAGAUGCUCUGGGCAACAUCACUCGCCUCGCCUGUUUCUCACCGGAGUCCGUAGAAUGAAGACGGCUUGAAUAAAGUCCAAAGCGCAGCGCAAACAUGUCGGUGCCUUUGCUGAAGAUCGGCGUCGUGCUCAGCACCAUGGCGAUGAUCACCAACUGGAUGUCGCAGACCCUCCCCUCUCUGGUGGGGCUCAAUACGACCAAGCUCACGGCGGCGCAGGGAGGGUACCCAGACCGGAGUACCGGAGUGUUGCCAGCAAACCCAGAGGAAUCGUGGCAGGUGUACAGUUCAGCCCAGGAUAGCGAGGGAAGGUGUGUCUGCACUGUGGUGGCGCCCCAGCAGUCCAUGUGUUCACGGGAUGCCCGCACCAAACAACUGAGGCAGCUGUUAGAGAAGGUCCAGAACAUGACCCAGUCCAUCCAGGUGCUGGACCAGCGAACCCAGAGGGACCUGCAGUACGUUGAGAAGAUGGAGGUCCAGCUCCGCGGCCUGGAGACCAAGUUCAGGCAGGUGGAGGAGAACCACAAGCAGAACAUCGCCAAGCAAUACAAGGCCAUAAAAGCGAAAAUGGAGGAGCUUAGACCGUUGAUACCAGUGUUGGAGGAGUACAAGGCCGAUGCCAAAUUGGUAUUGCAGUUUAAGGAGGAGGUCCAGAAUCUGACGUCAGUUCUAAGCGAACUUCAGGAGGAGAUGGGGGCCUAUGACUACGAGGAGCUCCACAACAGAGUGUCAAAUCUUGAGGAGAGACUCCGAGCAUGCAUGCAAAAAUUAGCAUGUGGCAAACUGACUGGCAUCAGUGACCCCAUCACCAUAAAGACGUCUGGGUCCAGGUUCGGCUCCUGGAUGACCGACCCGCUGGCGCCUGAAGGAGACACACGGGUCUGGUACAUGGAUGGCUACCACAACAACCGGUUCGUGCGGGAGUACAGGUCGAUGCAGGACUUCAUGACGUCGGACAACUUCACGUCCCACCGGCUGCCCCACCCGUGGUCGGGAACAGGUCAGGUGGUCUACAACGGCUCCAUCUACUUCAACAAAUUCCAGAGCCACGUCAUCAUCAAGUUCGACUUCCGCACCUCUUCAAUCAGCAAGUCCCGGCAGCUCGACUACGCCGGGUUCAACAAUGCGUAUCACUACGCCUGGGGCGGCCAUUCCGACAUUGACCUGAUGGUGGACGAGGGAGGCCUGUGGGCCGUCUAUGCCACCAACCAGAACGCCGGCAAUAUUGUCAUCAGCAAGCUGAACCCCAACACGCUGCAGAUCAUCAAGAGCUGGACCACCAACCACCCCAAAAGGAGUGCCGGCGAGUCUUUUAUGAUCUGCGGCACGCUCUACGUCACCAACGGCUACUCAGGAGGCACCAAGGUCUACUACGCCUACUCCACCAACUCCUCUACCUACGAGUACAUUGACAUUGCCUUCCAGAAUAAGUACUCACAUAUCUCCAUGCUGGACUACAACCCGCGGGACCGCGCCCUCUAUGCCUGGAACAAUGGCCACCAGGUCCUCUACAAUGUCACACUGUUCCACGUCAUUCGCUCAGAAGAACUGUAACCACGGAAAAUGGAUUACAUACAUAAAUACAUAUUGUCUGUGUAGAGAUCUCCCUAUAUACAAAAAUAUAUCUGCGAAAGAAAAAGACUCUAUGGCAAGACCAUUCUAUUUAUAUUAUCAGAUAACUUUUAAUGAGAGACUGCAUCAACAGUGAAUGCAAACUGGAUUGAAUGUGCAUAUACAUGAGACUGAAAAAAAUAUUAAAUUGAAGGGUUUCAUUCCAAAAUGUGAUAUAUUUGUUAUAGAAAAAAAAGCUUUAUCAGUUAAUAUCACAAAAUCACAGAUGAUUGUUCGGAAAAGCAGAGCUGUUUUGUAAAUAAAGGUCUUAAUAUGACUUUGACUUUAAUAGUGACCCAUAGUAGACUUUAUUUUGAUAGCUGCCAUCUUUUUGUUAGAGGUGUUUUUAUUUUGGAAUGGAACUCUUUAAUCGU